AAAGAGAAGAAUGUGAAAAUGAGUAUUCAUAAGCAUGUAGGGGUGGUUGCGGAGGAGAUGGUGGAAAAAGCAAAUUCGUUUUCAACCAAACAGUAAAGAGUGCCAACCCACUCUUUUUGUUCUUCUCUUCAAAGGCAGAUGCAGAUGCUCUCAAGGGCUUCAUCUGCAAUGGCCACCUUUCCUUGCUCUAAGGUGAGAAGUGGGUUUUGUGUGUGGCCAGAUGUGAGACAAAUUUGCUUUAGAAAAGGCGUUCUAUAUGGAUUCAUGCGAUUCUUUUCUACACCAUUGAAAACACUGCGUGGAGCUAGUCGUUCACUGAGAGUAGCUCAAUUUUGCAGUGUUGUGAAUAUGUCUUCCUCGUUGCAGAUUGAAUUGGUACCUUGCCUGAGGGACAAUUAUGCAUAUCUUUUGCAUGAUGAGGAUACGGGUACAGUUGGUGUUGUUGAUCCUUCUGAAGCUGUGCCUGUUAUAGAUGCGUUGAGCAGGAAGAAUCGAAAUUUGACAUACAUUCUCAACACUCACCAUCAUCAUGAUCACACAGGUGGAAAUGCAGAAUUGAAAGCAAGAUACGGGGCAAAGGUGAUUGGUUCAGGAACUGACAAGGAAAGGAUUCCUGGCAUUGAUAUCUAUUUGAAUGAUGGUGAUAAGUGGAUGUUUGCUGGCCAUGAGGUGCAUAUAAUGGACACUCCUGGUCAUACCCGAGGCCACAUAAGCUUCCACUUUCCUGGAUCUGGGGCAAUUUUUACAGGAGACACUUUGUUCAGCUUAUCAUGUGGCAAGCUCUUUGAAGGAAGCCCCGAACAGAUGAUGUCUUCUCUUAAAAAGAUCAUGUCUUUGCCAGACGAUACAAGUGUAUACUGUGGACACGAGUAUACAUUGAGUAAUACAAAAUUUGCAUUGUCUAUUGAACCUGAAAACAAGGAACUUCAAUCCUAUGCUGCCCAUGUAGCUUACCUUCGAAGUAAAGGCUUGCCCACGAUUCCAACAACACUGAAGAUGGAAAAGGCUUGUAAUCCAUUCCUUCGUACAUCAAGUGCAGCAAUCCGGCAAUCAUUGAAGAUUGCAGUCACAGCAGAUGAUGCAGAAGCUCUGGCUGUCAUCCGGAGAGCAAAGGAUAAUUUUUAGAAAUUUUUGUUUGAAUUUUGGAAGUCUAAAGAUACUUUUGCUGUAUAGAGUAGGCUAAUGACUCCAUCUGUUAUAUGCUUGAUGCUAUCUUCUCAGUAUGAUUUUCUUAAUUUUGUUUUUGAGUUCAUUUGGGAGUUAUUUGUAGCAUAUGUAUAUGUUCAGCAUACUUUGUGCUUGAGAUAGUUGUAUUGCAAUCCCUUGUGAGAAUUGUCAAUAUUUUAAAAGGAUUAGUUUGUA